AUGGAUGCUGCGCAUGCCGUGGACAUCGCUUCCCUGGCCCGGGAGCUGAGGGAGGACCUAGCCACCGCGGACGCGCCGGCGGCGCGGUUCACCAGCGGCUGCCCCGUCGUCAUCGCCGAGGUCGGCAGGCUCACCCGCGACGUCAACCCGGAGGCGUACGAGCCGUACCACGUCUCCAUCGGCCCGUACCACCGCAUCAGGAACCCAGACCUCGUCAGGCACGAGGACAAGAUCAGGAGCCUCGGCACCGUCCUGUCGGCGGCGAGCGCCGGCGUGACGCUAGAAGCCUACCUCGAUGUGGUGGCGCGCAUGGAGGCCCAAGCCAGGAGCUGCUACGCCCACACCUUCAACCUGGAGAGCAACGCCUUUGUGCGCAUGCUGCUGCUCGACGCAUGCUACGUGCUAGUCCAUUUCGGCGGCGUCGGCGCCGGCGGAUGCAGCGGGAACGGCGGCGACAUGAUGGAGGCCGUCGGGGUGGUGCGCGACGUGAUCUACCUCGUGGAGAACCAGAUACCGUUCUUCGUCGUCGACGAGAUCCACAAGCUCACCAUUCCGGACGGCGGCGGCGUCUCUGCGGCUGACGCGAUCGCGGGCUACGUCCGGGAGCUCCUGCGGGGGCAGCAGUACUCGGUGGCGACGCCGGCGGUGGCUGAGCCUCCGGGCCCAGGCAAUCUUCUGCAUCUGCUACACAUGCACCUGACGCCCACCGCUGAACUCGUCUCGUCGUCACGCACGACGACCGGCAACAGAGUCGCCGGCAAGCAGCGUCGGUUCGGCCGGUGGCGUUCGGCGACGGAGUACUACUGCGCCGGCGUGGGGUUCAGGAGCCGGCCUCUCGUCGGCAAAGGAGCUCGCUCGAUCCUCGACGUGAAGCUGGACGGCCGCGGCAGCACGUUGGAGAUCCCGCGCCUGAAGAUCGACGCCGAGACGUCGCGGCUCCUGCGGAACCUGAUGGCGCUGGAGCAGAGCAACCCGGCGGAGGCGGGGAGCCACGUGACGGCGUACUGCGUCUUCCUGUCGCAGCUGGCCGGCACAGUGCGGGACGUGGAGCUGCUGUCCAGGCGCGGGAUCAUCGCGCACGGCCUCGGCAGCCACGACGAGGUCGCCGCCUGCUUGGCGGACCUCUGCAAGGGCGUCGCGUUCGGGGGUGACGACCCCGGCGGCAACUACCUGCGCGAGACGUGGCAGGGGCUGGAGGAGAGCUUCCGGAGCCGGCCGCGCCGGUGGGCGGCGUGGCUCAUGCUCAGGUACUUCAGGAACCCGUGGCUCGCCGUCGGGCUCGCGGCCGCCGCCGUGGGGCUGGUUUGUACCGUGGUGCAGGCGGUGUACGCUGUCUUGGCUUACACACCAGAUGCUUAG